AUGAUGCAGACUUAUCCGCCGCGUACGGAGGAGGAAGUUAAGGCUGAAACAACGGUGUGGUGGGACAUCAACAGGUGUCCGGUUCCCGGUGACGUUAAUCCUCGUCUGAUCGGUCCGUUUAUAAAAGAUUCGUUGAAGAAUAUAGGCUACUCUGGUCGUCUCACCAUCACUGCCAUUGGCAUACUAACAGAGGUCGAUAAUGAAGUCCUGCAAGCCCUCUGUUCCACUGGAGUCUCUCUUUAUCACAUCCCCACAGAAGGUGUUGUGCGUCCUUUGUGCCGGUUGUUAAAUGACUACCCACCUCCGGCUAAUCUUAUGGUUCUAUCCCGUCAGGGAUUCUUGGAUCAAUUUAUUCGGAGCUUGAGCUCAACGUAUAACAUUCUUGGUUCAAUAUAUCCGGAACGAUCCAUCCGCUACGGCUUUGCAAGAUCUGAAGAGUGCUACCUCUGGGAAACUUUCCUUGCAGACAUACGGUCGCCUACGACAGUUCGAGAGCCACUACUUCCGGAGGCUGGACAAUGGCGAACAAUGGCUGGACCUGCCUUGUUUUGCGGAUCAUGCAAACUUGAUCUCAAAGGCUUUCAGAGUUUUGCAAAUCAUCUCUGCAGUAAAGAACAUGCACUUAAGGACUUGCACUAUCAACCCUUUGGGGGAGCGCGUGCUGCUUUUGAAUCUAAAGGGUUGGAUGCUGAUGCCAUUCGAGGAAUGCUCAAACGUCUUAGAGAAGCUCCAAGACAGCCACUUUAUGAUGAAGAUGAUGAAGAUUAA